AUGAAACGAGCACCUCCUUUGUCUUUAACUCUUGAUUACAUCUACGGAUUCUUAGCAUACGAUAAAAGGAGAACACUCUUCUAUGUUCACUUCUACAAUAAAUAAGAAAAGAAGAGGAGAGGAGGACAACAACAAUCAGAUUUGAAAUCAGAAUAACGAAAGCGAAUGGAGUAAAUGAAUUAGUAAAGUAUUAUGUUACCUGUCUAAUUCCAGAAAGAAAUGCUAUUAGCCAAGUAAGCCUUAUUACCUUACGAUGAUUCUCAUAAUGAUUGCUAAAGACACUUCGUUUACAUCACUUCUAGAAUUGCAGUUGUCUAUAAUCCAUUGAACAAUCAACAGAAGUUCUACGAAGGACACAGAUUCAAAAUCACUUGUCUAGCCAUUCAUCCAUUAAAGUGUUUUGUGGCCACAGGUGAAAGUGCUCCUAGACCUUGCAUUCACGUUUGGAAUGUGUUCAACACUGAACCAGUCAAAAUCAUCAGAACUAAUCAUAAGAAUGGUAUCUACGACUUGGUGUUCUCCAGAGAUUCCUUAUUUAUAGUCAGUAUAGGCAUAGAUGAAACCUAUUCAGUCUAAGUGACAUCUUGGAAGAAUGAAACUAUUAUAGCAUUUCGAAAUUCAGGGACAUUCCCAAUCUGCUGUGUUAUGUUCAACCCAUACAAUCGAUAUGAGUUUGCUACUUGUGGAUACUAGAAUAUCACCAUAUGGUCAUUACAAGGGAGAAACCUGAUUAGAAGUCAAGUCAUAUUAUCAGAUGAAGUCAAGUAUUCUAAUGGUUGUUUCAUCACCUGCUUAAGUUACAUCUCCUAUCUCUUAAGUGAUAAAGUAGAAAGUGACAUCAUUGUGGGCAAUAACUUUGGAGAUCUGGCUUUGGUUUCCUGUGGCAAAUACAUAGUCGUGAAAGAGAGCACAUCAAAAGAUGAUCAAUUGUUUGAAGAUAUCCUAAAUAUUGGGAGAUAAGGUUGUUAUCAUAACUUGUGGAGAAGAUGA